GUGACCGAUGUACAAGUAUUUGACUAGUGGAUUUCAGACACAUGCACAUACCAAGGAAAGGUCUCAUAUGUUCACUGAUGUCCACUGAGAUGUUACAGGAGACUCUGUGCAGAGGACAACUUACAAAGUGCAAUUUAUGAACCUUUAAAUUCCCUACUUUUCAUCAUUCCUUACUAGUAGCAGGACAAAUAAUAAGGUCCUGCCUGGAUAUACUGAUCGAUUAUCCUUCUGUACACCUGCUUAUAUAAAAGAAAUAGCAUUUUUUAACCUAAAGCACCAUGCAGAUCACAGAGCAGUCCGCAGGUUUGAUGUUACUGCUGUUGUCUGCAGUUGCAGUUUUUGGAGAAGAGAAUGGUCCAUCCCUUCAGCCAUUACCUAAUGAAGGACUUUCAUAUUUGGGAAGCGUGCCCACGACAGCAAAGUCAGCUGAUUUCAGGACUUUGAAUACUAAGAUGUUUAACCACACCGCAUUUUCAAACAAAGGUUUUGCUGGUGAAAGAAAAUUGACUCCAAUGUGUGAUAGACAAGCUAGGAUUCAGGACACAUUCAAAUAUAUUACCACAGUGGUGUCAUGCCUGAUAUUCAUAGUGGGCAUCAUUGGUAAUACAACACUUUUAAGGAUCAUCUUUACAGAUAAAAGUAUGAGAAAUGGUACCAAUUUACUGAUUGCCAGUUUAGCUUUGGGAGAUGUCCUUCACAUCAUCAUUGAUGUGCCAAUCAAUACAUUUAAGCUUGUUACUCAGACUUGGCCGUUCGGUGCUGAAAUCUGCAAACUAGUACCAUUUCUACAGAAGUCUUCAGUGGGAAUCACAGUUCUUAGCUUGUGUGCACUCAUUAUUGAUAGAUAUAGAGCUGCAGUAUCCUGUAAUUGUAUUGGUGGAAGUAGAACAUCCAAAUGGACUCUGCUGGAAAUUGCAUUUAUCUGGGUUUUAUCAGUAGUGUUGGCAGUGCCUGAAGCCAUAGGCUUUGAUAUUAUCAAAUUCAACUACAGAGGACAUAGCAUAGAAACUUGUAUGCUCCUUCCAGAACAAAAAUCAUCCUUUAUGCAGUUCUACAAGACCUACAAAGACCCAUGGCUUUUCAGCUUCUAUUUUUGCCUUCCUUUGCUUGUGACAGCAGUCUUUUAUACUUUGAUGACUUGUCAGUUAUUAUGGAAGAAACGUGGACUGGGGAUUUCAAUGAAUGACCACUUUAAACAGAGGUGGAAUGUGGCUAAAACAGUGUUUUUCCUAGUUCUUGUAUUCACCAUAUGCUGGCUACCUCUGCACCUCGGUCGUAUGAUCAAGUUUAUAUUUUAUGACUCUGAAGAUGUCAAGAGAUGUGAUCUUCUAAGCUUUCUGCUCCCGUUGAACUAUGUUGGUAUAAACAUGGCCGACCUAAAUUCAUGCAUUAAUCCUAUUGUGCUUUACUUAGUAAGCACAAAAUAUAAAAAUUGUUUUAAGUCAUGCUUGCGCUGCUGUUGUCAACCCAAAGAGUCAACAAAUAUUGAAAAUCGGCAAUCCUGUAUAACAUUUAAAGGCUGUGAUCAUGCCUAUGAGACUUUUUCUCCAACAACUAAGUCCAUUCUUGUUGAAACAGAAGAUGUGUCCAUAUGAAUAUUUGUAUUCAAGAUCAAAAGGAAAUUCAGCAAGGACUGGAAAUUCUGAAGAUUGGCAAUAUGAGAACUUGGAACCCUUUAGAAUAGGCAAAAAAAAAAACACUUCAAUAGGUCUGCACUUAAAUGGCACUUAAACUAUGACUCCAAGUUGCAUCUAUUAUUUCUAAAUCGCAAAGAUAAUGCUGCAUUUUUAGGUAUAAUAAUACAGCCAAUGAAUAGGCAUGCAAUCAACUGCCAACACCUUGGCUCGUGCAAGCCCAAUACAAGAAGAAAAUAGAAAUCUAAAUUAGGGUCUGCUGGUAGUUAUUAGUAUGUUGACCUGCUGCUGGUAGAGUUUAUGACAGGUGAACAGAAGCUAAGAGAACUACACUAGGUAAAAUGUAAGCAGUUCGGGCCAAGCAGGUUUUUUGGUGCAAGCUAUCCUUAUGAUGUUCCUUUAAUGUUUAAAGCUGAAAGACAGGCAGAUAUAACAGGCACAAAUAAAUGCAGUUCUGUAUUUAUCACUACAUCAAUACCUCUAAAUAAAGCUUACAAUUGAUCUUCUUA